AGGAAAGACGUGGACAAACAAAUAAUUCACCAGGUACAAGGAGGCUCAAGACUUUCGACGUUUUGUUCCGGGCACUUCCACCACCUCCCAUCUCCUGACUACACAGUAGGCAUGAAUGGAAUGCAAUAUCACCUUCCUCCCGGCUCUUACGCCCCCGUGCAAAGCUAUUCGAGGGAUCAGGAGCAGCAAUCGAAGAGCUUCGACGGGGCUGCGACAAGCAGAGCCAUUCCUCAGCGGCUAAUGAAGCGCUACCGGAUAGUGCAGACACUAUGUGAAGCAUUGAAGGCAGAGCCAGCUUGUGUGAGUCUAACGCACGUGUUUCAUUUGCUAAAGCACGCGAAAUAUCCACGAUCACGCUCUCUGACCAAUGCUAUACUGAUCACGGCCUGGGGGGACCUCAACGAUUUACUGUACGCAUUCGGGGGCUUACUUCCCUACGAAAUCUACGACAAAGUCUUGGAAAUGUACGGCGAGGAUGCGGCUUUGCUGAUGAUCAAUUGCGACAAUUCCUGGCUGAGCGGAUCCGCUUCCUACUUCCAAAAUCCCGGCCGUCGCGUCCCUCUCUUGGACAGCCUCCAGGCCUUGCGGGAAAGCGUAACGGCGGAGACAGAGGGCGAGGCCUACAGCCUCUGUCAGUUCCUCCUCUGGAAAUCAGGACAACUCCCCGGGCGCGCCAAGGGGGAGAACGGCUUUACAGAUUUUCAGGACGUUGAGGUGUUAGGCCAAUGG